AUGACCGUCGAACAAACGAUCAUUCAGCAGUUUGGAGAUAUUGAGUCCAAUCCGUUGCAAAGAUAUGGUGAGGGUCAAACAAUUUUAAGGAUCGGAAAUGGGGGUGCAGGUGGGACUGGGCUAGUAAAAGCCCUAGCACAGAACUACUUAUCUUCAAAUUCAAUCCAAGGCUCCAUUGAAUGGAUCUGUAACCACUCUAGAAACACACAGCUCGCUCUAUUCAACGGCUAUAUCGAUAUAGCUCUUACUUAUGAGCGUGAGCAAGAAGAAAUCUCCGUCACGGAGGGUUGGGCCAUGAACGCGGGAUGCGUAUUCCAUGACCAUUUCUGUCUGGUUGGUCCUGAGAACGACCCAGCCAAUGUCAGAGAAGCAAAUUCAAUUGAAGAGGCCUUUGAGCUAAUCGCAGCAAAGAAAUCUCCCUUCCACAGCAGGGCAGAUGGAUCAGCUACGAUGUGCAAGGAGCGGGAGAUCUGGCGACGUUGUCAUCGAUCUCCAUGGCUUGAUGGCAAAUCUUCGACUUGGUACCUCAAAACGAAGUUUAAGCCAGCGGAGGCCUUGGUGGUUGCCGCGAACGCCAAUGCUUAUUUGCUCGUCGAUCGAUCAACAUUCUUAAGUCAGCUUAGCCGACGAGCUUUCACUAAGAUGUCCGUCUUCUUUGAACCGACGAAUCCCUUACAUUAUCUCAUGAAUUCAUGUUACGCUCUAUACAACCCCAACCCUGACAACAAGCAUAUUGAAGGAUUUAUCGCCUUUAUCAAAUCUAAUGCCGGACAAGAGGUUAUUGCGAGCUUUGGGAUUGAUAAGGCUGGCAUUCCCUACUUUGCAUCUGUCGAACAGGAGAUUGCUAGGCCCUCACUGGCUGGGGGGAAGGCAAGGGAUGGACGAUGGAUUCGGAGCAAACGUUUAGAGAAUAAGGUUUAG